CGCACCGCACCGUGCGCGGCUCCGCGGGGCGUGUGGGGUCGGACUUCUGCCGUGUGGUUUCAACUGGAGGGGGAAGAUCUCCAGGACUGCACCCCUGACUUGUCCCUUUCCCACCUUUUGGAGACCUUGCUGAGCCUUGGUCCUUUGAGUGUUCGUAGAUUUGUGAAGAGAAGAUCUCAUCUUUUGAGUUUAAACAGUUGGCCCCAGCUUCUGAAGGCACUUUUGGGCUGAAAGACACACAGAAGUCUUCAUGGAUAUAGUUGAUACAUUUAAUCAUUUAAUUCCUACUGAACACUUAGAUGAUGCCCUAUUUCUAGGAUCCAACCUGGAGAAUGAAGUCUGUGAGGAUUUUAGUGCAAGUCAAAAUGUCUUAGAGGACUCGCUGAAGAACAUGCUCAGCGAUAAGGAUCCUAUGCUAGGAUCUGCAAGUAACCAGUUCUGUUUGCCUGUUUUGGAUAGCAAUGAUCCCAAUUUCCAGAUGCCUUGUUCAACAGUUGUUGGUCUUGACGAUAUUAUGGAUGAAGGAGUUGUUAAAGAAAGUGGCAAUGAUACCAUUGAUGAAGAAGAACUGAUUUUACCUAACAGGAAUUUGAGGGACAAAGUGGAAGAAAACUCAGUGAGAUCACCAAGAAAAUCACCUCGUUUAAUGGCACAAGAGCAAGUAAGAAGUUUGCGACAAAGCACUAUUGCCAAGCGUUCAAAUGCUGCACCAUUAAGUAGCACAAAAAAAGCAUCUGGGAAGACUGUAUCUGCUCCUAAGGCAGGGGCGAAACCGUCAGAGCGAUGUCAGGUUAAAGAGGAAGCCUGUGCAGCACUGAAACCUGAGUACCAGAAGGAGAGCAGAAGGAGCAGCCGCCAUACUGGCCAGACUGAAGCGGUACCACAAGUACCAGGGACUUCCAGUUACUCUUCAGGGUCCUCUUGCCUUGAAAUGAAGGAUGACUCUGGGUUGGAUUCCAAGCCCAAGUGUAAUAAUCAGGGAGAAGCCAGUCUGCCAUCUCAUGAAUUAAAUUGUCCACUUCUUUCAGAGACUUGUGUCCGAAUUGAAGAAAAAAAUGAAGCUCUGAUGGAAUGUAAAAUUAAGACUGGUAGCAGCCCAUUGUUCAAGUUUUUAGAUAAGGAGGAAGAGGAACAAAAUGAUUCCAUUUCAGGUAAAAUGGAUGAGACCAUUGAAGAAAAGAGGGCAAAGGACAAAUUUGAACAAGAAUCAAAAGAUACAGUAAAAUUAUCCCACGAAGACGACCAAGUUAUUGGGGAACCUGAAUCAUCUGCUGGUAUUUCUGGUGGUGUGGUAGCUUGUAUAAAUGCAGGUAGCACAGAAAAGAGUCUUGUAGGUUUGUCUGGUUCAGUGGAUGUAGUGACUGAAUGUAAUUUGGAACUGAAUACUAUGGAUGUUGCUAAAGCUGAGAACUCCCUUCAGAGAAAUAAAAUGGAGCCCCUGGGUUAUUGUGAAGAAACAGAGUCCAGUGAUACACAGUUAAAGAGUCCUGAGUUUAAUAAGUCAGAGUUAGAGGUGGUUGGUACUAAUGCUUUUGAGCCAGAAGAUAAUGUUGUAGAAAGUGCUGUUUGUAAUGUGCCUGACCAAAAUUCAAAACAGUUGAAUCAUAUUGAAAGUAUCCAAGAGGAGUCUCAGGAGACAGCAAACCUUCAGAAUGAUAGAAGCAGCCAGUCAAGUAGUGUUUCUUGUGUGGAGUCAAAAAACAAAUCCAAACAUACAAAACCUAUAACUCAUUCUAAGCAAAAGAUGACCACAGAUACUCUGAAGAAAAUCGUUAUAGCAAAGCAUAUAAUAGUGCAUAACAAAACUAAUGUCAAAAGUGUGAAACGAAAUGCUGAUGAACCAGACUCUCAGCAAAAUUUCCAUAGGCCAAAUAAACUGAGGAAAAAAAUUGAUAAGGAAUUAAAGACUCAAAGUUGCAAUUCUGGAGUUAAAGCUGUAAAAAACCAAGCUCAGUCUGUAUUCAGAAAAACACCGCAGGAUGAAAAUUCAGUGCAAAGCCCCAAGCCUUUAACUCAUUCUUUGGGUGAUAAGCUUCUUCACUGUCAUCCUAGUCCUGCGCAAACUGGGCAUUCAUUGCAUUCCAUCCACAAACCGUGCCAUAAGCCUCAGCAGCAGGCACCAGCAGCGAGAGUCUCUAGUCACAUGAAAGAAGAGCCUGAACACCCUGGCCUUGAGCACUGUAAGGAAGAGGAGAAGAUGAAACUUAAAAAACCCGAGAAGAACUUGCAGCCUCGUCAGAGAAGAAGCAGCAGAAGCUUUUCUUUGGAUGAGCCUCCGUUGUUCAUUCCAGACAACAUAGCUACUGUAAAGAGAGAAGGUUCAGACCAUGGCUCCUUAUUUGAGAGCAAAUCCAUGUGGGCUCCCAGCAAGCAGUGUGGGUUUUGCAAAAAACCACAUGGCAACAGGUUCAUGGUUGGCUGUGGGAGAUGUGAUGACUGGUUUCAUGGUGAUUGUGUUGGAUUGAGUCUUUCUCAAGCACAGCAGAUGGGAGAGGAAGAUAAAGAAUAUGUGUGUGUAAAAUGUUGUGCUGAAGAAGAUAAAAAGACUGAAAGUUUAGACACAGAUUAUUUUGAAAAUCAAGGUACAGUUGAAGUUCAUAGUGAAGAUAAAAAAAUGGAAUGUGAGAAACUCGGAUUAUCAAAGCACAUGACAACAAAUAACAAAACCAAAUGUACAGAUGAUACAGUGAAGCACAAGGUCAAAAUUUUAAAACGGGAAUCUCCUGAAGGCAGAAAUUCAUCAGAUUAUAGAGAUAAUGAAAUAAAAAAAUGGCAGCUAGCUCCUCUUCGAAAGAUGGGACAAACAGUUUUACCUCGGAGAUCCUCAGAAGAAAAAAGUGAAAAAAUGCCAAAAGAGGCUACAAAUAUUAUUUGCACACCUUCAAAACCAGGCAGUGAGAUUAAUAGAAAUUGUACUCAUGAGAAGCAAGAGAUAAAGAAGAGGAGGGUGGAGAAAGGAGUGCCCAGUGUGCAUCCUGCUGCUGCUGCAGCGUCCAAGCCUUCUGCGGAUCAAAUCAGGCAGAGCGUCAGACACUCUCUUAAAGACAUUCUUAUGAAAAGACUGACAGACUCAAAUUUGAAGGUACCAGAGGAAAAGGCAGCAAAGGUUGCCACAAAAAUUGAAAAAGAGCUUUUCUCCUUUUUUCGGGACACAGAUGCUAAAUAUAAGAACAAAUAUAGAAGUUUGAUGUUCAAUCUGAAAGAUCCUAAAAACAAUAUAUUGUUUAAAAAAGUAUUGAAAGGAGAAGUAACCCCUGAUCAUCUUAUAAAAAUGAGUUCAGAAGAACUGGCUUCUAAGGAGUUAGCUGCUUGGAGACGCAGAGAAAACAGACAUACGAUAGAGAUGAUUGAGAAAGAGCAGAGAGAAGUGGAAAGACGACCAAUCACAAAAAUAACUCACAAGGGUGAAAUAGAAAUUGAGAGCGAUGCCCCAAUGAAGGAACAGGAAGCAGCCAUGGAGAUUCAGGAACCUACAGCCAGUAAGUCAUUGGAGAAGCCAGAAGGAUCUGAAAAACAAAAAGAAGAGAAUGACUCCAUGUCUAAAGACACUACUAGUCAACACAGACAGCAUCUUUUUGAUCUUAACUGCAAAAUCUGCAUAGGUCGAAUGGCACCUCCUGUAGAUGACCUUUCUCCAAAAAAAGUCAAAGUUGUUGUUGGAGUAGCUCGGAAACAUUCAGACAAUGAAGCAGAAAGUAUAGCAGAUGCAUUGUCUUCAACUUCAAAUAUUUUGGCUUCUGAAUUUUUUGAAGAGGACAAACAAGAGUCUCCAAAAUCAGCAUUUUCUCCUGCUCCACGUCCAGAGAUGCCUGGAACUGUUGAAGUUGAGUCUACCUUCCUGGCUCGUUUGAACUUCAUCUGGAAAGGUUUUAUCAACAUGCCUUCGGUGGCAAAGUUUGUUACCAAAGCCUACCCAGUGUCUGGCUCAUCUGAAUACUUGACAGAGGAUCUACCAGAUAGUAUUCAAGUAGGUGGCAGGAUAUCACCUCAGACAGUUUGGGAUUAUGUGGAAAAAAUAAAAGCAUCGGGGACUAAGGAAAUUUGUGUGGUGCGUUUCACACCAGUAACUGAAGAAGAUCAAAUUUCUUACACUUUGCUGUUUGCAUACUUCAGUAGCAGAAAGCGCUAUGGAGUGGCUGCUAACAAUAUGAAGCAGGUUAAAGAUAUGUACCUUAUUCCUUUGGGUGCUGCAGAUAAAAUUCCACACCCUCUUGUGCCUUUUGAUGGACCUGGGCUUGAACUGCAUAGACCUAAUCUGUUGUUGGGCCUAAUCAUUCGUCAAAAGCUGAAGAGGCAGCAUAGUGUCAAUCCUGGUACUUACCAUACAACUGAGGCUGCCGAAAAUGUACCGAUAGUCUUGCCACCUGACAAAAAAACUAAAAUAGAAGCUUCUACAGAGGAAGCACCAGAGGAAGAAAAUGACUUUUUUAAUUCCUUUACAGCUGUAUUACACAAGCAGAGAAAUAAGCCUCAGCAGGCUCUUCAGGAAGACCCACCAACAGCUAUUGAACCUUUAAUGGAAGUCACCAAACAGGAGCCACCAAAACCUUUACGAUUUCUUCCUGGGGUAUUAAUUGGUUGGGAAAAUCAACCAUCUGCUUUGGAAUUAGCAAAUAAACCUCUUCCUGUGGAUGAUAUACUUCAAAGCCUCUUGGGGACCACUGGCCAAGUAUAUGAGCAGGCUCAGUCAGCAGUAGAACAGAAUAGUAUUAAAGAAAUUCCAUUUAUAAAUGAGCAAACUAACCCACAGACAGAAAAAGUAGAUAAAGUAGAAGUAAGAGAUGGUGAAGCCACGGAGGUAAAACUUAAAGUAGACAAUCUUUCAGAAUCUACAGGUAAUUCGGGAGGAGGAAGAGGAGAAGAAACACCGUUAGUGGGAUCCUCUUCCAUUUCUCCAGGGCCUUUGACAGGUCUUAGUCUCAGAGGCAAACCACCAGAUGUUUCUACAGAAGCAUUCUUAACAAAUUUAUCAAUUCAGUCAAAACAAGAAGAAACUGUGGAGAAUAAAGAGAGAACAUUAAAAAGACAGCUGCUCCAAGAUCAGGAGAAUAAUUUGCAAGAUAAUCCGACUUCAAGUGGUUCUCCAUGCAGAUCUAAUGUAGGAAAAGGAAACACAGAUGGUACUGUGAGUUGCAAUGAAAAUCUUGUUGCUAAUACAGCAAGGUCCCCACAGUUUAUUAAUCUGAAAAGGGAUCCUAGGCAAGCAGCAGGACGGAGUCAGCAGAUAAUAGCUUCAGAAAGCAAAGAUGGAGAUGGUUGCCAAAAUGGAGAAAAACAAGCCCUGUCUGAUCUGUCACACAACAAGGAGCAGCUGACUGAACAAAUCAGUGUGGAAGAAAAAUUGUCUUCUACAGAGAAAAACUGUGUUCAGCAGAAUGAUAACUCAAAGGUUGCACAGAGCUCAGCAUCUGUAGAAAACACACCUUCUUCCCAAACAGAACCAGCGAAGCCCUUACAGGAGGACAUUGUAACGCAGAAUAUUGAAACUGUGCACCCAUUUAGAAGAGGAGUGGCUGCAACAACAUCUCAUUUUGAACCUGGAAACACAUGCCAAUCAGAAUUUCCUCCCAAAAGUAUCAAUUUCACUCCCAGAAGCACCAGCCCCAGAACGGGUGUGACCUUCUCACCCAUGAGGCCCCAGCAGCCUGGCCUCCAGCAUCUCAAAUCCAGCCCUCCAGGGUUUCCAUUUGCAGGGCCUCCUAACUUCCCCCCACAGAGCAUGUUUGGAUUUCCACCACAUUUGCCACCUCCUCUACUGCCCCCUCCAGGCUUUGGCUUUCCUCAAAAUCCAAUGGUUCCCUGGCCACCUGUUGUUCACCUCCCAGGCCAACCACAACGUAUGAUGGGUCCGCUUUCACAAGCAUCAAGGUAUAUGGGCCCACAGAACUUUCACCCUGUUAAAGACAUUCGGAGACCAGAAAGGCGCCAUAGUGACCCUUGGGGUAGUCAAGACCAACUGCCACUGGAUCGGCCACUUAAUAGAGGGAAAGGGGACCGCCAGAGGUUUUACAGUGAUUCACACCACUUGAAAAGAGAGCGACACGAGAAGGAAUGGGAGCAAGAAUCCGACAGGCACAGACGCAGAGACAGAAGCCAAGACAAAGACAGAGACAGAAAAAGAGAGGAAGGGCACAAAGACAAAGACCGGCCUCGGCUCUUACAUGGUGAUCGAGGAGGAGAUGGAAAAGUGGGCAGAGAUAAUAGAAAUGUAGCAAAGAAACCAGACACACUGAAAAGUGAAGACCAUGAAAAGGACAAAGAACGAGAGAAAAGUAAACACAGAGAGGGGGAAAAGGACAGGGAUAGGUAUCACAAAGAUAGGGACCAUACAGACAGAGCUAAAAGCAAAAGGUAAACUUUGCAGCUGCUUCAGGAUGACAUUUAAAUGACUGCUAAAUGCUGUACCUACUUGGAUUACCUGCCACGAUUGUCCCAUCUUUUUGAUUCUUGCUGUUGGUGGUUUGCAGAAUGCUCGGUUCUGUCUGUUGGUGCAGAGUGCUCUGCGCCAGUGCUCAUCAUCCCUUCGUACUGAACCUAGCUAUAGGAAUUUAAUAUUUUUAAAAGUUUUACAUUGCUGUAUAUUCAAAGAUUUGUUUUAUUAAUAUGCAAUAAAGGCUUAGAAAUUUUAGUUUUUAUUCCUUAAUUGGUAAAUAUGGUUAACUAUGGAAAGUAUUUACCGCCUCUAGUGAGUGUCCUUUAUAUAGUGACUAUUGGAGAGUAAUUUGUGCUCUGUAAGUUUAAAAUUGCACUGUUUUUAAAGAAAUUGUAGAGGAGCAACAAAAAGCCAAGCAACUUCAUAACUAGAUUAUACUAAUCAUUCAGUUGAGCAGUUUUUGACCAAGAAUCAGAAGUCCAAGGAGCACAUUUGUUACUUUAAUCCGCACUCAUUGAAGAAAUUUAUUACCAUACACAACAGCUUUGUGGUAGUCUAUUGUUUUUGUUUUUAUUUUUUGGCUCUUCAGAAACUUGAAUACUUAAGCUUGUACAUGAUCUUGUGUUUUGCUAUCCUUUUUACUGUAAAAUGUAAAUAUUUUAAGGGAUAUUUUGAUUCUAAAUAUGAUAAAAGAAUUUCUCAUCUA